AUGGCAUACAAAAAAGACUCAUUAUUGUGGAAGCGAGAAGAUUUUAAAAGGUAUCUCGAAAAAACUGGAGUCCUUGACACCCUGACGAACGCAAUGACGGCACUUUACCGCGAGGAUGAAAAACCAGACAAUGCUUUGGAUUUUUUGAAGCGCCAGAUCAUCGCACAGGAAAAUGAGGUUCUUGUCUCUGAAAAAGCUGAACUGCAGCAAAAGUUUCAGCUUCUCACAGAAGAGAACCAGCAGCUAAAGAGCAAGUUGAUGCUGUACGAGCCAUCAGCUCAAUCUGUGAUGUAG